ACUGAAAAUGCAGAGCUUCCCAGCUUAGAGAUAAGGAACCAAGAGAAAGCAAGAGAUAGGGAGUGAGAGAGAGUGAGAGAGAGGAAAACACAGGAAGAAAAGAGAUGCCACAGUGAAACUCAAUGAAGCAGUCCUUCAAACCAAAGUCUGCAGACAUCAGAGUCACAUCGAAGGGCGUAAGGAGCAAUAAAUACCUGAGAUCUGGAAUAGGUGCACUACAAAUCUGCAAGCACUGAACAUCUACACUCAGAACAGGACAGAGUUACUGAUCUUCCAGAUCAACACCAGAGCUCAACUCAUCUUGCUAAUACCAGGAACCACUUAAAAAAGGCUUGGAAUUAGUGCUUUUUCUUUCCAGGAUCUACCAAGGAAGUCUAUUCCCUUUUUGUAUGAAACUUUCUGCAUAUCGGAGAGCGAUUCCAACUGAUUCAUGUUCUUCUACUCCUAACUAUGGCCGGUGUCAAAGGUUGCUCAACCACUUCCAUGCACUGCCUCUCUUUCCUUCUGCUCCUUUCAGGGAUUUUCUCAGGGGAUGCCAGUCCUAUCAGUUCCCCAGAGAGGCACCGAACUGCCCCUGGGCUCGAUGAUGGCCGUGGAGGGGUUGUGGAUCCUUCUCUUCUAGAGCAAGACAGUGAGGUGGAUAUGCAAAAUCUGCUUGAGACCCUACGGGGACAGUUCCUCCGGACCUUCAACCUGUCAGGACAUGGACCCCUCGUGCAGCCUGGGGCACCCCGAGUACAACCUCCGGAAUACAUGCUGGAAUUGUACAACCGGUUUGCUAAUGACAGAACAUCCAUGCCAUCUGCAAACAUUGUACGCAGUUUCAAGAAUGAAGACUCCACCCCAAGCGACAUGGGUCCCAAUGGUGUGAGGCGACAUCCCCUGCUUUUUAACAUUUCCAUCCCAAAUCAUGAGUGGGUUAUGGCUGCGGAGCUCCGUCUCUACACCCUCGUCCAGAUCGACAGACACCUUUAUGCUGGUGUCGACCGUACAGUGACUGUUUAUGAGGUGGUUCAGCGGAAUGACAGUUGGUCCGAAGACGGAGAAGAGGAACAGGUUCAGCUAGUGGAGUUGGCAUCACGGCAGGUUUACGGCACAGACAAUGGUUGGGAGACUUUCGACAUGACUGUUGCCAUGCAACACUGGCGCAGGUCCAACUCUGGCAACACCCACAGACUGGAGGUUCACAUUGCAAGUAUAAACUCACAGAAUGGGUCAGAGUUUGAAGGUCCUGCCACAGGUGGUGACAUGGAAAUUGAUACCAGUACAGAAGAGAGGCACAAACCUCUGAUAAUUGUUUUCUCCAAUGACCAAAGCACAGAUCACAGAGGAGAAAAACAGGAGUUGAAUGAAAUGAUCAAGCAUGAAAUGCCUGGCAUAGGUCUGAAUGACAACCUAGAGAUGGAACUCAUGGAUCUCUGGGGGGAGCUAGGAAGUAUGGGACAAGAAAGACAUAGCAAAGAAGGGGAACCGGAUGAAGAAGCUCUCCUGCAGAUGCGCUCCAACCUCAUUUAUGACACAGGCUCCAGGAUUCGAAGAAAUGCAAAGGGCAACCAGUGCAAGAAGAGUUCCCUAUACGUUGAUUUUAAGGACAUUGGUUGGGACUCUUGGAUCUUAGAACCUCAGGGUUAUGAGGCAUAUGAAUGCACAGGAGUCUGUACUUACCCCUUAACCAAACAUGUCACUCCAACCAAGCAUGCCAUUGUGCAGACUCUGAUCAAUCUUAAAAAUCCAAAGACUGUUUCCAGAGCUUGCUGUGUCCCCACAAAGCUUGACCCUAUCUCACUUCUCUAUCUGGAUGAUGCAGGUGUGGUCACCUACCAGUACAAGUUUGAAGGCAUGGUAGUGGCAGAGUGUGGUUGCAGAUAGUCCUCAAAGUAUUUGGUUUUGGUAAAGGACACUGAAAAGUGGAGACAUUUCUAAGUCUUGGAGAAAGAGACUGUAGUUCCAGGUCAACAUGAUAAAAUCAAGACAUAAGAAGUCCCACAGUAAAAGGGGCUGUCCUUAACAUAAGAACCUUUAAGACCUUUAAGAUCUGGUGAUGCUAUCUUAUUUAACUUUUUCAAAAGGGACAGCAGAAAAGGAAGAAAUCUAAAAAGAAGACUAGAUUUAGUGCUUCUGUAUGGAGAUUGCCAUCGGUGAGAGUGUGCUUGAGGUUAAUUUCAAGAAAAAGAUGGGAAAACAAUACAACAAACCACUAAAUCAACCAAAUAAACAUCCUCAAGAUGACUUCAGCCAUAUUCAGAAAGAUGUCAGGGUGUUGCAUUGUAUUUUGAUGUUUUCUGGGUGUGAUAGAUGACCUUAACUACUCAUACCGAAGAUACACUUCAAAGGCAAAUCCAUUUUACAGCUUUUUCAUUUUUUAAAGUUUUUUCAAUUUACAGGUCUCAGAAACAUAGAACACAGGUUUUGGAUGGCCUAUGAACUCUAAGAUAAAAAACUGUAAGGUCAUUCAGUCGAGGCUUGUGGAAACCGCCAGAAUCCAGUUUCUGUAGCAUUGUAUCUACAUCCUUCUCUGCCCUGUGUCAAUACACAGCUUCCUGCAUAACUGAAAGCAUUUGAUAAUGGCCAUCCAAGGCAAAGCAAUAUGGUUAUCUGGGAAGUCUUUGAGGAAAGGAAAUGUGUGAAACUAACCAGAGUGAUCUAGCGUGAGAUGGUCUACCGUUCAAUGAGAAAAACUGAGCGGUAUUCCUGUUUUUGUUUUGCAUGGACACCCUCUGGAUAUUUUGGACAUGCAAAAUGGAUGGACCAUGUCCAGUUAUAAGACAGCGAUUGUUAUGUGGAUGCCUAAAUUUCAAAGGACGAUCCUCUGUUUAAUGCGCACAUGGUUAGUCACAUUGAUGUAUUUUAAAAUUCUAUUUAUGUUUUGCUUCUUUUAAUUGUUUGCAUCCUAUACUUUACCUCAACACUGUGUCAUUUGCAAAGCAACUUUGGAUCCGUAACUGUACAACCAGGCCCAAGAAAGGAGCAGAAGAACAGACGGGGAAGUCGAACGUUUUCUCCAAAGUCUGAGGAACGGCGGACUGCAUCAUAAGGGUUCUGUGGCUGUGAGGUGGAGGGGUAGAGGUUAUGGGGUUAUCUACAUUCUGUUGCCUUGCAUGCCGUGAGAGCUAAGCUCCCGGGCAUUGAGCAGUCCAUGAUAAGAAGGUGUUGUGGCUGAGAAACAUGCAAGUGACCAUUUCAAGCAACUAGGUCUGUCAAGAUUCCACCAGGCUUAAAUGUUACUCCCUCGAAUCUGGUCAGACAGGAAGGAAUUAUUGUCUAUGGACACUGGUUCACAUUCCAUUCUGCUUCUUAUAGAAAAAGAAGUACUAAACUGUGCAAUUGCUCAUGAGGUAGGUGGUGAACUUCAAGGGUUUGUCCGUUGUACUGUUCCUAUGAACCUAUCCCCUGGGGAAGUGAAUAGCUUCAAACAUAUUUUGGCUAUUAAAUGUAGUAUACCUUCCACUUAUUUAAGGGAUCUAUGUAUUAUACCUUAAUGACCAUGUACCAUAAAUGAGAUUUAAACGUAAAUGUAGGAUGUAGCCUUGAGGUUCCCACCACAGUGACAAGCCAUGGUACAGUUUGGUACCUUUCUCUAACUGCAUACUGCCCCGUCAAAUUUCUUCACAAAUCAGGGAGCUAAUAUACCAAUGGGAAAUGAUUAGCAUGAUCUUUUGAACACAGCUACCUGGUUCACAUUAACUUUCACGCAAUUGUAACAUUUUCAGUUUGGGGACAUUUUUUUUCAAUGAGUGUGGUAUAUUAGCUAUUUAGCUGUAUAAUGCAUCAAUCUUUAUUUGUUCAGUUGUUUUAUUUGUUCAAUCCAGGUUUAAUCUAGAUCCAUAAGUGAAGACAAAGUAUUGAGGAAAACCCUUGAUACGCUAUAUGGAAGAAAACUUUGGCACACAUAUAGCUAACAUCUAUUUUAACAUCUUAUGCUAACCAGCAAUACCAGUUCCACUCACUGCUAACCAAGUUGUUGAAUUAAUGUGAACAUAAUUGUUGCUUUGUCUAUUCUUUUAAAGAUUUUACUCAAUUUUGCGUCUCUUUAACACCACUGUGAUAAAAACGGACUGUUUCCAUCUACUUCCACUGAGCUACAAAUACAGCUGACCAUAAAUAACGCCAAAAUUUCUACUAACUUAUCCAUCACUAAGCUCAUGAAAUAUGGUCUUCCAUACUGCUGCUUUAUGUAAAAAAAAGCCUAUUUAUUGAAAAUUAAUUUAUUAAUUUUUAUUGUGUCAUUUAUGUAAGUAUGUAUAGCAACAUAUGUAAAUAAAAAACAUUGUAUAUGUACA